AUGCUGCAGCAUUGCCUGGAGCGGCUUCUCGCUGAAAGCGUAAAGUUCAAGGACUUGCGUGAGUCUGUACAAGAAGCGUUGGAAACUUUUGCUGCUCAGCAGAAAGCAUUGCAGCUGGCUGGGGAUGACCCUUCCAAGAUAAGUGCUGAUCGGUAUUGGAAUCCUUUCAAAAUCGCUUUAAAUCCUUCAAAACCAGUCAAAAUUCGUGAAACCGCUCUCAACUUGCUUCAGAAACUCAUUGCGCAUAAUCUGCUUCGUGGUGCCCUUCCAGGAAAUCCCAUUGAUUCGGAAAAUGAUAUUGUUGCUACGUCUCAGCCAACUUUUUUUGGUCGUAGAUUCUCUAUUUCUCAUUUAUUUAAACCAGAUGAUCCUCCAUCUGCUGCUGCACCGCAACUUCAAAAACAGCCUGCAUCACUUUCAUCUCCUACUCAUCCUACGGACGUAUCUGUCGCUGAAUCUGAAAAUGCAAAUAGUGAUACGCCAGCUCUUGAAACUGGCACUCAAUAUAUUGAAUCUGCAUCAACCUCAUUUAAUCAUCCAGUAAACUCUCCAACAAAAUCUGCUGCUGAGCUUGCAUCUGAAACUUCUAUUGGAAAACAACUGCUUCAAAAUACAUUUCUAAUGGAUGAAAUUAUUUCUACAGUCAUAUCCUCAAUCAACAACCAACAAUCAAAUGCUGCAGAAGAAGCUCUUCAGCUUCAGGUGUUACAGGUUUUAUUAACUGCAGUGACAUCUACCGAGUGCGAAGUCCAUGAGCGAUCCCUUUUACGUGUAGUUCAAAUUUGCUUUGCAAUUCAUGCCAAUGGACAGAAAAACUCUGUAAAUGAAGUGACUGCAAAGGCAUCACUUACUCAAAUGGUCAACUUGAUAUUUUCUCGAAUGGAGCGAUACGCCGAUGUGCUCACCAAGGCUUUGGAAUCAGGUGCUCCCUUGACAAAACUUCCUCGAACUUCGUCUGUGAUUGAUCUGGAACCCUAUGCUGUUUCCAAAAUGGAUACUACUUUUGAACAGCCUCAGGGAAGUUCCGAAGGUUUAGCCAUAACUACCACAUUAGCGGUUUCUGAUGAAUCUUUGCCAGUCAUUCAGACCAUUAAAGAUGAAAAUGAGUUUAAAUCUGUUGAAACUCGGUCACUUGAUGCCGACACAGAGCUGACGCUUGAAUCUGAAGCUGUUUCUGAUUUAUAUGUGAAUUACGAUUGUGAUAUGGCCACUAGUUCUGUAUUUGAAAAAAUCAUUAAUAUCUGUGCCAAAAUCACUCAGGGAAGAGCAGAUUUGUCGUCUAAAUCCGCAUCCCACUCUUCGUUUGCAAUUGUUGGAUUUGCUGUAGGGCUUGAUUCCAAGGCUGAGCUAAUUCGCGAACAAGACCAGAAACUCAAGAUUAAAGGACUGUGUGCAUUGGUUGCUGCGAUCCAAUCGUUGGAUACAUGGUGUCAAGAACCUUUACCACAAGAUAUGCCUAUAGUCCAAAACCAUGACAUUUCACAACUGUUGCCUGAGUCUACCGAUCAAACUGGCAGUGAUAGUGCUAAUCCUGAUCAAGCUGGUAGCUUGGAGCCUUUAACAAUGGUUGGACUCAACGAUAAAAGUGGGCCAAUAUACGCGGGCCCUUCUAGCGCUACCAAAUCUCUAGAUGGAUUUUCGGAUACAGCUACUGCUUUUAUGGAUGCAUUGGCACCCACAAACCAUGCACGCACUGUUGUUGUAGGCAAUCGAAACCCUCUUUUAUCUGUAACCAUGGACAAGACGAUUCGGAAAGAAUUCGUUGACGGACUGAUAUCCAAACCUGCCGAAACCAAUCAGCAAGAUAUGGAGCAAGUCGUUUCUCGCAAACAGCUGCUUCGUCGUGCCGUGCGUAUAUUUAAUCAAAGUCCUAAAAAAGGAAUUCAAGCUCUUGCCGACAUCAAAUUUAUUACACUAGAUCCAGAAUCUAUUUCAGAAUUUUUGUUGACCACUCCUGAGCUUAGCAAAAGUGCUAUUGGCAUUUAUCUUGGCGAGGGCGACCCACACAAUAUCAAGGUUAUGCAUGCUUUUGUAGAUGCUUUGGAGUUUUCUGGUAUGGCUUUUGUGGCAGCUCUUCGGUUUUUUCUACAACAUUUCCGUCUUCCUGGAGAAGCACAGAAAAUUGAUCGUAUGAUGGAAAAAUUUGCCGAUAGGUAUUGUGAAAGCAAUCCAGGAGUUUUUGCCAACGCUGAUGCAGCCUAUACGUUGGCGUUUUCUGUCAUGAUGUUGAAUACCGAUCAACAUUCAAGUCAAAUCAAAAACCGUAUGGACAAGCCGGCAUUUAUCAAAAACAACAAAGGAAUCAAUGGCGAUAGUGAUUUACCGGAAGAGUUUUUGGAUGCCGUGUUUGACGAGAUUGCUCAAAACGAGAUUAUUAUGGAAGAAGAACAUGCAAAUGGCAAAUUGGCUCGCAUCACGAUGGGCUGGGGUGCUGGUGAUCUCAACGAUCGUCAGCGUAUGGACAUUUUGCUGUUUGAGUCUGCUGUUGACGAAGGAUUACAGAAUAUUGACUUUGCUUCAAAGUUGUCAAACAUGGCUAAACCAGAUCUCUCUACACUAUGUCUACGUGGCUUUUCAGGAGCAAUUCGCAUUGCAUGUACCUUUAAAUUGGAAACUGAACGUGAUGCAUUUGUGAGCUCUCUGGCCAAACUUACCAGUCUUGGCAAUUUUUACAACAUCAAGCCCAAAAAUGUCAUGGCGAUUCGCACUCUGAUUGAUUUGUCACAGGACUUGGCAGAGUCAAUGGAGUCAAGCUGGGUGCAAAUUAUCAAAACCAUUUCCCAAAUCGAGCGUAUGCAGAUGGCUGUACUGCAUUCUGCACAACCCAAUAUGGAGGUGAAUGUAGGGUCGUCUUUACGAGAUAAUCGAUCUACUGAUUCACACAAAUCCACUAGUGAUCGCUCUUUUUAUAGUGGAGAAACAACAGAUUCGGGAUACCGUAGUUCGUCUUUUGGCGAUCACCUACCCAAAAAAAUACCUCCAGCGCUAGAACAUCUUGUUUCUGAUUUUCAAAGUCAAACGUCUCUGAUUGUUAUUGACCGUAUUUUUUCAAAAACCAUCAACUUGUCAGCUACAGCCAUUAUUCAUUUUUUUAGAGCGGUAUGCCAAGUAUCGUUGGAAGAAGUCGGUAUUGAUGCCAAAGGACAGCCUAUUAUGACUGCUACACCUGGUCCACCGCGUAUGUAUCUUUUACAAAAAAUUGUUGAAGUUGCACAUUACAAUGUUACACGUAUCCGUUUUGAAUGGACGCAGAUUUGGAGAAUCUUGCAGCCCCACUUUAGUAUAGUUGCAUGCCAUCCAAAUCAGCAUGUAGCUACAUUUGCAGUUGAUUCGCUACGGCAAUUGUGCAUGAAAUUUCUUGAACGGGAAGAAUUGGGGCAUUUCUCAUCUCAGCACGAAUAUUUACGAAGCUUUGAGUGGAUCAUCCGGCAUACAACAUCACCUGCUAUCAGAGAACUUGUUUUACAAUCCAUUACACAUAUGAUUACUGCAAAAGCAACAUCCAUUCGAUCAGGAUGGAAAUCGAUUUUUGUCGUGCUGGCUAAAGCAGGAAAAGGCGAUGAACGCCUGUCCAAGAUUGCCUUUUCCACUAUUCAAAUGAUAUUUCGUACUUAUUUUGAAGACGUGGUAUCUACUGGUGGGUUUGUCGAUUUGGUAUCCUGUUUGGCAGAGUUUUCCUUGUUGAAAGGCCAAGGACCAGCACAUGACGAACUAGUGAUGGGAAGUAUCCAGCUUCUUCAAUCCUGUGCAAAAUCAUUGGUGGAACGAGCCAAAGAAGAAUAUGAAUUACCAAAUAGUAAACCGCGGACAAAGCGACCGAGUGUGUAUCCUAUAAGUGGGGCGGCUCCCACGCUUCAAUCGAGUUCGGCAAGUACUGGUGUGACUGCCGGAACCGUAUCGCUUUCCUCACCUGGUGCUCCUCGAAUCAACAACCUUCCUCAGCAAGCCUAUCUUAUGCCAAAUGGAUGUGUUUCUGAAGGACAUUUUUAUUUAUCAUGGUUUCCUAUCCUAUCCGCCUUUUCACGGGUUGUUAUCGAGUCCGAGGGUGUUCUUGUACGCACGCAUACUCUUGAGACUUUGUUUGAUAUGCUUCGAUCAGCUAGUCAUUUGUUUGAUUCCAAGUACUGGCGUACGAUCCAUCGAAAUAUUAUUUCGCCAAUAUUUGAAGAUCUGAGUGAUCCUGCCGACGAGCCUGCAUUCGGGGAGGCCAAUUCUGCAGUAUUGAUUCUUGGGUUGCGAUUGUUGAUUGAAAUGAUUUCGUUGCAUUUUGAUCUUUUGGUGCGUGGAUCAAGUGACAACACAGAGCAUCCGGAUACAGGUGGUCAAGAAUUCAUACAAAACUCAUUGGAGCGAAUACUGUUUAUUAUGGGUAAAAAGGAUGAUAAACUUGCUGCCACAGGUCAGAUUUGUUUCCAACAAUUUUUGUUGAACAAUGUCCAUAAACUGGCAAAACAGGGCAAAUGGACGUGGCUGGUUGACAGUAUUGAAGAAGCAUUCAAACGCACGCUUCCUGUGGAGUUGUUGAAUUGCUCUGGACCGUUUAAUCCGGAUCUAGAAAACAGUCAUGGUACGACUACACUUAAUAAUAAUGUAAAGGAUGGGUAUGAUCCACAAGGCGCGGCGAUUGCAUCGUUGUCGACGCUAAAUCGAGAUCUAUCACAAAACUAUAUUAUAGACAUGUCGGAGAUUAUGGAGUCGGCACAUGCAGUGGCAAGAGAGACGGGUGUACCGUUAGCACUAGAUGAUCUUGAUUUUGAUCAUACGAUUAUCAAGUGUGUAACUCAUCUUGAGCUUCUUCAGACUGUUCGUGAUUUCUGUCUAACAGAUAUAUCAUCCUCAUUGGACACAGUAUCUUGUACGGAUGGAGUACAGCGAUUGGGAGGCAAGACCUACGCGAUUGGUGUCAUGACAGCUCAUGAUCGUGAUCGGAUUCUCAAAUGCGUGUAUGCAAGUUACACUCUAGCUAGAUCGUUCAACAGUCUAACCGAUCUUCGUCAUGCAAUAUGGCGUCGUGGAUGGGUAUCUCAACUUCCAAACCUAGUCAAGCAAGAAACUGUUAGUUUUUCGACUCUGAUUGUGAUGCUUUUUGGUGCUUAUAAAACUCUUGGGGAUUCACCAACCACUCUAGCGUCUACUGAAUCUCAAGACAGUGUAGGGUUGAAGGAACAUACCAAGAAUCCGGUCAUGGAAGCUUUGAUUAAGCAAAGUAUGGAUUUGCUUGAACGUUACAUUGUGUUUCUAGGAGAUGCAGUAAAGCAUUCGAGAGAAAUUGUGUUAUGGAGUCCGAUUGUUGUUUUAUUCUAUCGCGAACUACUGAGCACUGGAGAUUGGUGGUCGCAAAAAGGAAUUGCACAUUCCGAACCUACUGAAACCAAUGAUGGAAAAAGCAAAGGGGUUCAACUCAAGGCUCUAAAAAAGCAUUUACCAAGAUACUUUAGACUUGCUAUUCGAAUGAUGAGUGUAGAUCGACUCGAGGUUCGACAGGUUUUGCAAGAGUUUAUGGAGCGUGUUGGAGAUGAAUAUAUCUGCAUGAAUGAAUAAACCAAUGCAUUGAAUAUCUUUC